CGCCUUGAGGGCGGCUCCGGUGUGUGCCCUGCCCAUCCGGCCGCUCGCGCAGAGCACCCCGCCCCGCCCCCAGGAACCAGCUGGGCUUACAGCCGGACUGAGCAGCCGCUGUUGCCCGCGCCGCCGCAGGUACCAUCAGCAGCUGUUACAGCAUCUCCUCACGGAGUGGCUCUCUUCUCCUUGCACAACCCUGUAAGAAAGGAGGCGUGGCGUCUGGAUUCAAGCACGUGGUACCCAAUGAGGUGGUGGUGCAGAGGCUCUUCCAGGUCAAAGGACGCCGUGUAGUCCGUGCCACUGAGGUGCCUGUGUCCUGGGACAGCUUCAACAAUGGUGACUGCUUCAUUCUGGACCUGGGAAAUAAUAUCUAUCAGUGGUGUGGCUCCAGCAGCAACAGAUUUGAAAGGCUGAAGGCCACACAGGUGUCCAAGGGCAUCCGGGACAACGAGAGAAGUGGCCGUGCCCAAGUACACGUGUCUGAAGAGGGCGGAGAGCCAGAAGCUAUGCUCCAGGUCCUGGGUCCCAAGCCAACUCUGCCUGCAGGCACCGAGGACACAGCCAAAGAGGAUGCAGCCAACCGAAAGCUGGCCAAGCUCUACAAGGUUUCCAACAGUGCAGGCAGCAUGUCAGUCUCCCUCGUAGCUGAUGAGAACCCAUUCGCCCAGGGCGCCUUGAGAACUGAGGACUGCUUCAUCCUGGACCAUGGCAGAGAUGGGAAAAUCUUUGUUUGGAAAGGCAAGCAGGCCAACACGGAGGAGCGGAAGGCUGCCCUCAAAACGGCCUCUGACUUCAUCACCAAGAUGCAGUACCCCAGGCAGACCCAGGUUUCAGUCCUCCCAGAGGGUGGUGAGACCCCGCUGUUCAAGCAGUUCUUUAAGAACUGGAGGGACCCAGAUCAGACAGACGGCCCAGGCCUGGGCUACCUCUCCAGCCACAUUGCCAAUGUGGAGCGGGUGCCUUUCGAUGCUGCAACACUGCACACCUCCACCGCCAUGGCCGCCCAGCAUGGCAUGGAUGAUGACGGCACUGGCCAGAAACAGAUCUGGAGAAUUGAAGGCUCCAACAAGGUACCAGUGGACCCUGCCACAUACGGGCAGUUCUAUGGAGGUGACAGCUACAUCAUUCUGUACAACUAUCGACAUGGUGGCCGCCAGGGACAGAUCAUCUACAACUGGCAGGGUGCCCAAUCUACCCAAGAUGAGGUUGCUGCGUCCGCCAUCCUGACUGCCCAGCUAGAUGAGGAGCUGGGAGGAACUCCUGUCCAGAGCCGAGUGGUCCAAGGCAAAGAGCCUGCACACCUCAUGAGCUUGUUUGGCGGGAAGCCCAUGAUCAUCUACAAGGGUGGCACCUCCCGAGAUGGUGGCCAGACAACGCCCGCCAGUACCCGCCUCUUCCAAGUCCGAGCCAGCAGCUCUGGAGCCACCAGAGCCGUUGAGGUGAUGCCUAAGGCUGGUGCUCUGAACUCCAAUGAUGCCUUUGUGCUGAAGACCCCCUCAGCUGCCUACCUGUGGGUGGGUGCAGGAGCCAGUGAGGCAGAGAAGACUGGGGCUCAGGAGCUGCUGAGGGUGCUGCGAGCCCAGCCUGUGCAGGUGGAGGAAGGCAGUGAGCCAGAUGGCUUCUGGGAGGCUCUAGGUGGCAAGACUGUUUACCGCACAUCCCCAAGGCUGAAGGACAAGAAGAUGGAUGCCCAUCCUCCUCGCCUCUUUGCCUGUUCCAACAGGAUCGGGCGUUUUGUGAUCGAAGAGGUUCCUGGGGAACUUAUGCAGGAAGACCUGGCUACUGAUGAUGUCAUGCUCCUGGAUACCUGGGACCAGGUCUUUGUCUGGGUUGGGAAGGACUCACAGGAAGAGGAAAAGACAGAAGCCUUGACAUCUGCUAAGCGCUACAUCGAGACAGACCCAGCUAAUCGGGACAGGCGGACCCCCAUCACUGUCGUGAAGCAGGGCUUUGAGCCUCCAUCCUUUGUGGGUUGGUUCCUCGGCUGGGAUGACAACUACUGGUCGGUGGAUCCCUUGGACAGGGCCUUGGCUGAGCUGUCUGCCUGAGUAAAGGACCAGAGCCACCAAUGUCACCAGUCAGUGCCUUUGAGAAUUGUCCACCUCCCAAAGAGAUCAUAUGGCAAGCGGGAAAACUAUGUAGAGUGUAUGUGUGUGUGUGUUUAGUUUUUUGUGUUUUGUUUUUUUCUUUUUUUACAGUAGCCCUGGGAAAAGUGAGGGUCUGUACAAAAUUGCCUCAAGUAUUCAUGCUUUGGAGAUUAAGCUCAAUAAAAGCCUUUGAAGUGUGUUCUCCUA